AAUGCGGAAAAUGAGGUACUUAUUGAUAUUGGUGCGCUGACGAAUAAACUGAUGAGCUUUGCAAUGUCAUUUGGACGAAUGGGGAUGGAUUUUCGACCUCUGAUUAGCGAAAUCAUCGAUGAUUGUAUCAGCAAGCGGUUUGCUGCCAGAGUUCAAGAUGCCGCGAAUAGGUUAGCAUUUGCUGGCAAGGCUGUCGAUAACUGUCAGUUCCACUUUGAUGGUAACUCGCCACAGUAUCAGUCGAAACAAAUGAUGAGCUGCAGAGAGAAUGCUGUACGACGUUCAAGAUUCAAACAGUGCCGAACUAUUGAAAUCAGUGGCGAAAUUUCGGAUCCUCCACUUCUGCAUACUAGCCAAAACGGUGGACAACCAUCAGCACCAGCGGUGCUCGCAUCUUGGGACGAUUUAUGUGUGUACGGCAAUGCUUUGAUUGACGCCUUGAAUGAGCUACGAAAUGGUUUAUCACCUGCACAGGUCUGA